GACGUUAACAUUUCCGGGUCGCCCAGGCCGCCUGGGGCGGUGCUGGCGUUGGUACUCGCUGGUGUCCAGUCUAUGGAGCUAGUUGGUGCCGGUGGCGGCGCGGAGGCAGGAGGGGUUUUCCGAGUAGUGGCCUUCGCUCCGCCAGGAUGUUACCAGGCUUGGCCGCCGCCACUGCGGCCCACAGAUGCAGCUGGUCCUCCUGGUGCCGGCUCCGUCUGCGCUGCAGGGCGGCGGCCCGCGGCUCCGGCUACCAACAGGAAUGGCAGAAUUUAGUGACAUUUGGAAGCUUUUCAAGCAUGGUUCCCUGUGGUCACCCAUACAUUUGUGCACUGAAUCAAGUAAAGUUAUAUUCCACAAAUAUUCAGAAAGAAGGACAGGGAUCACAAACUAUGAAAGGAGGAAAAGUACCAACAUUUGAUGAAACAGCAGAAAAUAUAGGUGCAGAACUCAAAGCUCCACUUCUUAAGCAAGAACCUCUCCAAGUAAGAGUCAAAGCAGUCCUUAAGAAGAGGGAGUAUGGACCAAAGUAUACUCAGAAUAAUUUCAUCACUGGAGUCAGAGCAAUAAAUGAGUUCUGCCUUAAAUCCAGUGAUCUAGAACAACUUCGAAAAAUCAGACGACGAAGUCCCCAUGAAGAUACUGAGUCCUUUACUGUAUACUUGAGAUCAGAUGUCGAGGCAAAAUCUUUGGAAGUUUGGGGAAGCCCUGAAGCUCUUGCCAGAGAGAAAAAACUGCGUAAAGAAGCAGAAAUAGAAUACAGAGAACGGCUAUUUAGAAACCAAAAAAUAUUAAGAGAAUAUAAAGACUUCCUGGGAAACACCAAGCCACGCUCCAGAAUGACAUCGGUGUUUUUCAAGGGACCAGGAAAAGUGGUGAUGUUUGCCAUUUGCAUCAAUGGAUUAAACUGUUUCUUUAAGUUUCUUGCCUGGAUUUAUACGGGUUCAGCAAGUAUGUUCUCAGAAGCUAUACAUUCAUUAUCUGAUACAUGUAAUCAGGGUUUACUAGCAUUGGGCAUCAGUAAGUCUGUUCAGACACCAGACCCUACACAUCCAUAUGGAUUUUCAAAUAUGCGCUAUAUUGCUUCACUGAUUAGUGGUGUUGGUAUUUUCAUGAUGGGUGCAGGACUGUCUUGGUACCAUGGAGUCAUAGGAUUGCUUAAUCCUCAACCUAUGGAAUCUCUCCUAUGGGCAUAUUGUAUUUUAGCAGGAUCAUUGGUAUCAGAAGGAGCAACACUUCUUGUUGCUAUAAAUGAACUUCGUCGGAGUGCUCGGGCCAAGGGAAUGUCAUUUUACAAGUAUGUAAUGGAAAGUCGUGAUCCUAGUACAAAUGUUAUAUUAUUGGAGGAUACUGCAGCAGUCUUGGGAGUGACGAUAGCAGCCACUUGCAUGGGUCUUACUUCCAUAACAGGCAAUCCACUGUAUGACAGCCUAGGUUCUUUGGGUGUGGGAACCUUAUUAGGAGUGGUCUCAGCAUUCCUCAUCUACACCAACACAGAAGCACUUUUAGGACGAUCCAUCCAACCAGAACAAGUACAGCGGCUUACUGAACUCCUGGAGAAUGACCCAUCAGUAAGGGCAAUUCAUGAUGUUAAAGCCACAGAUCUGGGAUUAGGUAAAGUGAGAUUUAAGGCAGAAGUGGAUUUUGAUGGACGAGUUGUUACAAGAUCUUAUUUGGAAAAACAAGAUUUUGACCAAAUGUUACAAGAAAUUCAAGAAGUGAAAACUCCUGAAGAGCUAGAGAUCUUCAUGCUUAAACAUGGAGAGAAUAUUAUUGAUACUUUAGGAGCUGAAGUAGAUAGACUUGAGAAGGAACUGAAGAAAAGAAAUCCUGAAGUUCGACAUGUAGAUUUGGAGAUACUAUAAAUUUGAUGGAAUGAAUCACCUUGUUGGGAGCACUGGGAACAGUUUGUCAAAUCACUCUACAAAGCCACAGAGAUGUCAGCCCCUUACUGCUAUCCCACACGAAGGAGUCAGCGCCAUUCAGAAGCCGUUCUUUUAAGAUGGAGGAAAUAGUUUAUGUAGAGGGCAGUUCAGCAGACCAUAGAAGUAAAACUAAUUACUUUUGAGAGACACACUACAAGGUGAAUCAGUUUGGAAAUCACGUAUUUCUGUUUCCAUAGGGAACAUUUCAGUUGCUUAAGUUGUUCAUAAUUUCUCAUUUUAGCCUGUCAGGAUGUAUUGUACCUUACAAUCAUGUCUCCUUUCUUCACAUUGUUAAAAUAAGUGACAUCCAUAGGAUUAUGGUUUUGAAUUUUGUUGCCUCUGAAGACUUCACUCCAUCAAAAUCUACCAGUCUUGAAUACUCUAGCUAGGUCUAGAUGUGUGGUUUUUAAACAGUCACUCCAUUUCAAAGUCUGUCUUACAGAGUAUGAACAUUAUUUCUGCAUACUUGAGUGCGAAGAGGAACUGUCUCCAGAUGUAGUCGUCUGUAAAUGUUCAUUCCAGGAAUGGCUUCGUUACUGAAUUGAAUGAAGACAUUCGGUAUACUCUUCAAGGCCAUAGUAGUUGCCAUUUUGUGAUAUUUCUUUUUUGCUUUUUUCUCCUAUUUGGUUUUUUUCUAAUUUUGGAAUUAUAAAAUAACUCUAGAUGUUUCCUUGGGCCAGUGUGAAAGGUGAUUUUUGUUUUUGUUUUUUAACUGGCUUCAGCCAUAAUAUGCAUCUACUAGGACAUAAUGCGUUUAUAAGCAUUUUAAUAUUCUGUAAAAGGGACUAGAAGUAUUUAUAAUUUUUCAGACAGAACAGCGUUUUAUUUUUAAUUUAUUUAAAGUGAGGCACUACUUACAUAAAUCUGAGCUGUAGGAUAUUUCUUACUUUAAAGUGACCCCCAGAGAGACAAGUGAAUCUCUUAUACUGAAAUGUGUGUUCACAAUUUUGUAUAAUGUCAUAGUCAAUAGUAUGUCUGUAACAUGAGUUUCUUGCAUUUACAAAA